UCCUGAAACGAUGCGGCCCGACGUAUAAAUAAUGUCUCGCUUUUCAUCGCCAAGCAGUAAUACUUCAACCUUCGUCGGGUGAAUUUGGAGCUGAGCAAAAUGAAAUUCCUAAUCGCCCUCGCCUUGGUGGCAGCCGUCAGCGCUGACGUUUCCCACCUGUUCUCCAGCAGUGAUAAUCGGCAAGCGGAUGGUUACCACUAUCAGCAACCAAGUCAGCCAUUCGUCAUCGAUGUGCCCCAGGUCAUCAAACAAAAGGAGGUGAUCUACGAACAGCAACCUCAGGUAGUCUACCAAAAGCAAAACCAGGUGAUCUACGAGCAGCCCGCUCCAGUGGUCGUCCAACAGCAAAAUAAGGUGGUUUACGAGCAGCCCGCUCCAGUGUUCGUCCAAAACCAAAAUAAGGUGGUUUACGAACAGCAACCUCAAGUGGUGUACCAAAAGCAAAAGCAGGUGGUCUAUGAACAGCAGCCUCAGGUGGUGUACCAAAAGCAAAAGCAGGUGAUCUACGAACAGAAACCUCAGGUGGUGUACCAACAGCAACCUCAAGUCACCUACGAGAAGAAAACUCAAGUAACCUACGAGCAGCCCGCUCCAGUUGUCGUCGAAAAGCAAAAGCAGGUGAUCAUUGAAAAGCAGCCUCAGGUGGUGUACCAAAAGCAAAAGCAGGUGAUCUACGAACAGAAACCUCAGGUGGUGUACCAACAGCAACCUCAAGUCACCUACGAGAAGAAAACUCAAGUAAUCUACGAACAGCCCGCUCCAGUUGUUGUCCAAAAGCUCAUUUCAAAUACUCCUGCCGGCAUCCUGAAGAAGGAUGGAUACCAAUAUGAAACACCUAAAAUCGUUUUCGAGCCAGCGCCCAAGCCAAUUCAAAAGGUUGUGAUCCCAUCUAACCCCGUUAACCAGUAUCUGCCCCCUAAGAAGAUUGUGGAGCCAAUCUACAAGCCAACCCCUAAGAUCAUCAUCGAUCCUGUGCCCACUGUUAAGCCUGUGGUGCCAAUCUACAGGCCAACCCCAAAGGUUGUGAUCCCACCUAAGCCCGUUAACGACUAUCUGCCCCCUAAGAAGAUUGUGGAGCCAAUCUACAAGCCAACCCCUAAGGUCAUCAUCGAUCGUGUGCCCACUGUUAAGCCUGUGGUGCCAAUCUACAAGCCAACCCCUAAGGUCGUCAUCGAUCCUGUGCCUGUGGUGCCAAUCUACAGGCCAACUCCAAAGGUUGUGAUCCCGGCUAAGCCCGGUAACGACUAUCUGCCGCCAAUCGGCUAUACUUACCCCAACAAUCCUCAGCCAUCUUUCGAUUAUUAAGGAAAGCCUAUUAUAAUUAGUGUCCUCCUCUAGUAUUAGAUCCUGCAUACGAAUUCCUGAUGAGAAAAUAAAUUGAAAUCGAAACACGAAUAAAAAUGAUAAUGAAAAAUUGAAAUGAAAAA